CUUCAUGCCAACGCCAGGCCCUGCCAUGUGUGCGUCUGUGCGUGUGUGUCCUGGGUGGAUGCCAGUCCCUGCCCAGCCUUGGACCAGGUUACCACUUAGAAGGGCAGAUCUACUAUGACCUUGUGAGUUUCUAAGAGAAAUCCGGAAUCUGAAGCGUCUGCUGAGAUGCCCGUCAGGGUGGACGACGUCAUGAAGCUGCUCUGCUCCAUUUCCCAGGAGAGCAAGAUGAAGGCUGCUGUCAAGCAUUCUGGGAUGGGCGCUCUGGUCACAGGGACUGUGGCCUUCCUUGGUGGUUUGGUCGGUGGCCCACCGGGACUAGCUGUUGGGGGCGCCAUGGGGGGCCUCCUCAGUGCCUGGAUGACGAGCGGGCAGUUUAAGCCAAUUCCUCAGGUCCUCAUGGAGCUGCCCCCUGCCAAGCAGCAGAAGCUCUUUAACGAAGCCUUGGCCAUUGUGCGGAACUUGAACUGGACCGACGCCGUGCAGCUGACCACGCUGGUCAUGGGCAGUGAGACCUUGAAGCAGCAGCUGCUGGCCAUGCUGGUGAACUAUAUCACCAAGGAGCUGCGAGCCGAGAUUUGCUAUGACGACUAGGCCUCCCGCCGGGGAAGUGGGUGCCUCUGACUGACUGGGGGCUGCUGGGCAGGCAGGGCAGCCCGGAAGGUCCCCCCCACAAGAAGGCUGCACGUCACCCACAUAUCGCCGUACACUGGAGCCGAAGGUGCUGCUGCAGAGGCUGGUGCUGGGCUGCGUCACUGUGACUCUUUCCCAGGAAGAUGUGUGGCCCGGCAACCUGGGGAGCUGCAGAAACAAGGGCAGACUCUCGCAGGACGCAUGGCCACUCUCCGAACCCUCUCUCAAUCUCCCAGGAUCCUGGAGAAGUCAGCUUGCACCGUGCCUUGCUGACCCCACUUCCCACUCCUCCUCAUCUCCCGAAGGGGGCCCUGUUGCAGGAUCGGACCGGCUUCUGGUUUGCAGGGUCUCAGAGCCAGCCCUUGCUAGAGCCCUGUCAGCUCCUGAGUGUGCACCACCCCGCCAGUGACUGGAAUGGUCUGGUGGGAGGAAGCUGAGCCACAAAAGCCACACAACGUGGCCCUCGUCCCGCUGGCUACAGGCCUAGCCCCUCCCAGGCAGGGGGUCUUGCCUUCCCCCUCUCAAAAGUCAUGGAAGUUCUUUUAUUAUUGUUAUUCUGGCUCUUUUUGUUCUCUAGUCUUAGGUUAAAUAUCACGUCAAAUAUUUCUUACCCCUGACACACACGGUCCCGUCAUAUUGCCCAGGUUGGCCCCGCACUCCUGGGCUUAGGUGAUCAGUUGCUGUGUGUGGCUGAAACUACAGGCUUGCACCAGGGUGCCCAGCUUCACCUCAAAACUGUGCAGGGCUUGCCUUGAACUCAAGCAAUCCUGCCUCAGCCUCCGUGUGCUGGGAUUAUAAAGCGUGUGUCACCAUGCCUGGCUCCUGCCACUUUAUCUAAAGAAAGCCUUUCUGUUGUUCUCUGUCCCAGCUCUGUUUUGUCAGAAGACAGAUCAUGACUCAACUUAUUUGUGUCAAAGGUAAAAUUACAACAAAGUAAAAGAUCUUAACUGAACUGGCUACACUGGAAUAUUUCUCUGGUCCCAGGUACUUGGGAGGCUGAGGCAGGAGAUUCACCUGAGCCCAGGAGUUCAGGACUAAGCGUAGGAAGCACAGUGCAACCGUUUCAAGAAAAGAGAGUCAGAGACAGAGGCAGACAGAUCUAAUUUGGAUUUUAUUCACACUUACAGAAUCAGGCAACACCUUAUUCUGUAAAAUAGAAUGAGUGUUUGGAAGAGCCAAGUAGAAGAAAUAAAUAGAGAAAGCUAAGGGAAAUCAGAAACAGAACAUUGUUUGAAAUUGGCCUUGCUUGUACAGGCUAAAGCUAAGGAAAGUGCCUUGUCACCCCAGCCAAAGGUGGCUUAUUUGGGGACAUGGCUGUAUGACUUUUCUCUCUCUCUCUCUCUCUUUCUCUCUCCCUCCCUCCCCAAGAUCUCGCUGUGUUGUAGUUCAGUCUGGGCUUUGAAUUUACUAUGUAGCCCAGGCUGGCCUCAAGCUCAUGGCAAUCCUCCUGCCUCAGCCUCCCAAGUGCUGGGAUUACAACUAUUCACCACCACACCUGGCAGCUGUUGCCUCUUAUUAUCCUGAUUUCUCCAAAAGAACAUCAGUGAUUCCAUUCUGGUUUGGGCCAUUGGGUUUGGUUCAUGAGCUCAGUCCAGGGCAAAUACUUCACACACAUUUAAUUUAACCUUUCUUGCUUGCCUCUUUUUCUCCUGUUUCUAUUAGAAAUAUUAUGUCAAGGAGGAUAGGAUUUAGGGGUCUCCUCUCUCUGCAGCCUAGCACCAUAUCCAUCGUGUGGUAAACAAUGUCUUUGAAACACUAUAUAAACUCCUCCAGUGAGGAAACAUCCUCCUAUGUUUCGAAAACAAGGAAGCCAAGGGUCGAGUUUCUAACUUCUCUGAAGUCACUGAGACUAACUGAAGAUGCCAAAAUUUGGCUCUGUACCAUGCCAGAGCCCUCUCUCGUGCACCUUACAGAAGCUUUCCAGUUUUCAGGAACUGGUAGUUCUUCAGUUAGAAUUUAAGAGAAACAUUUUCAGUAAGAAGUCUUGCUCUUUCUGAAGUGGUGGUGAGGCAGGAGAUGGGCAAACUGUCUGGGAAAGUGGGCUUAACCUGUCAAUUUCAAAGUUCCAGGAGCAGCAGGCCCAGAAUAGCUCGGCACAAGGAACCAAUCAGAGAGUGCUGUCUUCAGUUCUCCCAAGAACCCAAGCAGGUUUCUGAUAGGCCAACCUGGACCUGACCUCAGCCUGAGGAGUGGGAGGUACAAAAGGUGGCGGCCAUUUUCCUCAUGGCGUCUGUGCUCUCUCACAGUGGUCCACCCUCAUGCUGUAGAGUAUACUUCUUUUCCUACUUUUACUUCACCCAAACUCAUUCUGCAAAGCAUAUUUCUUUCCUUUUCCUAUACAUUUUAAUAAAUGUGAAACUUUGCUACCUUUUGUGCUUGUCUUGACCAAUUCUUUGUUCAGGACAGAAAGAACCUAGAAACCACCUCUAAAAGGAAACUUCAGCACCCCCCUAACCCAGUAAGAGUGGGAUCCUAAACCACCAUAAGGAGUGUUUCUACCCUGUUAUAGUUUAUAUCUAGAUGUCUCCCAACAGCCUCAGACACUCAUAGGUGAGGAUUUGGGGAUCUGGGGAGGUGGUUGGAUUAUGGUGGAUCAUGGGAGCUUAUAGCUGGCCUGCUGUUAGGAGGUGGGCCUGAUGGGGGAGGGACGUCGCUGGGGGUGUGACCAGGAAGGGUAUCUCUCCCUCCCUGGCUCCUCCUUUCUCUCUUUCCUGGCUGCCAUGAUGUGAGUAGC